AAGCCCAUCACUGGUGGGUUGACGUUUCGAAGAUACGAUGUCGUUUGCGGGUACAGUCAACCCGCGAGGCCACCAGUCGUGGUGCAAGCCCGAGGGCGGACACUGGCACCACAACCCAUUAAGUGGGCCGUGGCGAUCAGUGGCGACCAGGCUCCAGCUGAGGCAACAGUUGGUUCAUCGCUCGCUCCUAUGCUGUGUCCUGUGGCAUCGCCGCACAUCAGGAUGAUCUGCUCACCGGCGAUGGCGAUUAGACUCCUGCUGGUGCUUGGACUCUCUUGCGCAGUUAGGUUAUGUGAUUAUAGGUCGGUUCAGUGUGCUACAAUAUGGCGAUGCAUCUCACGCGAAAAUAUCUGUGAUGGUAUAAUUAACUGCGAAGACGAAUCAGAUGAAAACAUUUGUUCUGGAAACAUGCUUAAAGUAUAUCCUACUACUACAACAACCAUCACUACCACAACCACUACAACUACUACGACGCCCGCCCCCACCCCUCCCCCACCCAACAACGUGGAGGAGAGCGAGGCGCUGGGUCAGAAGUUCGCUCGGACCUUCAACGACACACUCCACCACCCAAGAUGCCCCAAGCUGUACACCAGCGUCGGGAACAAGUGCCUCUCCCUUCUUUACUUCGUCAAGGUCGGCUGGGGAGAAGCAAGGGCCCUGUGCUCGGCCAUCGGCGGGGAGCUGGUUCUCUAUCCCUCUGCCUCCGACGGGGAGUUCGCUGCUCUUCUGAAGUACCUGCGGGAGAUAGGGAUGACGACGGACUUCUGGGUGGGAGGCCGGUACACGAAGGACACCGAGGCGUGGACGUGGCUGGACGACGCCCCGAUGGACCUCGGCUCGCCCUACUGGGCCGUCAGACACACGGACAGUUGCAGCAGCCGCCAGCAGGAGCCAGCGCAAGACGGCAAGCCUGAGGACGUCGCCUACUGGACCAACACUUCGGCCUGCUACCACUACGAGCAGGCGCCGCGGCGCGACUCCCACGAGCUCUGCGCCGCCGUCACCUUCCGCCACUACUUCUACAUUAGCGACGAGGACUGCCUCAGCGUCAGGAGCCCUCUGUGUGAACAUGUUCCCAGCACCGCUCAUGACCUCACGCUCGCUGGCGAUCCGUGAGCGUUGUACUACUUCAAGAACCGUUUUUGUCAUGAUUCAGUUAUGCUUUUAAUUUUGUGAAACGGCUGCUUAAGAAUUUAU